UUAAGGGAAAAAGAAUGAAACACCUUACCCAUAUAAGAGAGAAGGGAUAGAAGCAUAAAAUUCACGGAUUAAUUUCAUAUCACAAACACAAAGUACGAAAAUUUCACAAUGACUGAGGGGAACCAUGUGAUCAAAAUUAGAAGCUACAUCUAUGUGUUUGUGGCAUUAUCUUACAUCUUCAAUGGUGGUGAUGCAAUGAUCAAAGCAACAAUGAAAGACAUGGAAAUGGCUAAGCAUACAGGAACAGUCAAAACCAUAAAGGUUGAAGACGGUGAUGUAAUUGACUGUGUUGACAUCUACAAACAACCAGCUUUUAGUCAUCCACUCCUCAAGAAUCACAAAAUACAGUUGAAACCCAGUUCCUAUCCUGGUGGAAUCAUGACAAGCAACAACUCUGUCCUUUUUCAAGAAUGGAAUAAGAAAGGAAAAUGCCCUAAAGGAACAAUUCCUAUUGUAAGAACACAAGUAUUUAAUCCUCUGAAACCUAGACCAAUUAUCCCAAACCAGACACACUAUAAUAGAAGCGUUUAUAGUAAUGAUAUUUAUGAGCACGCCCAAGUCUCUGCGGACGGUGGCAACUUCUUAGGAGCACAAGCAAGACUUAAUGUAUGGAAUCCUGCAACUUUUGGUACAGAAGUUAGUUCGGCUCAAAUUUGGGUUGUAGCAGGACGUGACCAAGGUCUUAACUUUAUUCAGGCUGGUUGGAAGGUUAACAAAGGGGAAAAGGAUACAAGGUUUUAUAGUUAUUGGACGAGAGACAAUUAUCAAAGUACAGGUUGCUACAAUCUUGAUUGCCCUGGUUUUGUGCAAACCAACCAUAGAAUUGCUUUUGGUGCUGCUAUAGAACCAAUCUCCAAAUACGAUGGCCCGCAAUAUUCUAUAGACAUAACUAUACACAAGGACAUGAAGAGUGGGAACUGGUGGCUGCAAGUGCAUGGUCAAGAAGUAGGAUAUUGGCCUCCAUCAAUAUUAACAAGUCUAGCUAAUAGAUCAACAUUAAUAAAUUGGGGUGGAUUGGUUGUGAAUUUUCAAUAUCAUGGUCGCCAUACAUCUACUCAAAUGGGAAGUGGGCUUUUUCCAGGAGAAGGGUUCGGAAAAGCAAGUGCAUUUUGGGGUCUUGGAUAUAUAGACAAUUUGGGUAAAAUGAGAGAUCCUGAACAUCUUAUGCCUUAUGUCACAAAGCCUUCUUGCUAUGACUUGAAAGUUGGAAAAAAAAACAAGGAUUUUGGAGUUCACUUUUAUUAUGGGGGUCCUGGAUUUUCACCACGAUGCCUGUAGAGCAAUUAAUUACCUUAUUUUCAACACAGAAGCAAGUAUUUAAAUAAAGAGCAAGAAUAUUAAUCAAAUGACAUAUAAAUUUUUAUUUUAUAUUUACGGUCGUGUUCAGCAACAUAUUUCAUAUAGCUUUUAGAAUUUUAAAUAAAAUCAAAACUCUAUCUCUA